AUGGAGCUGGAAAAUGGCACAGCAGUGUCAGAGUUUAUCUUCCUGGGCCUCACUCAGAGCCCGGGGCUGCAGCGUGUCCUGUUCGUGGUAUUCCUCCUCAUUUAUGCCAUGACUCUGCUGGGCAACCUCCUCAUCAUGGUCACCGUGACCUGUGAUCCCCGACUCCACACCCCCAUGUACUUCCUGCUGCGCAACCUGUCCAUCUUAGAUGUCUGCUACUCCUCUGUCACGCUCCCCAGGAUGCUAGUGGACUUCCUCUCUGCCUCCAAAACCAUCUCUUACAGUGGCUGCCUGACCCAGAUCUUCUUCUUCCACUUCCUCGGAGGGGCCGAUCUGUUCUUCCUGUCAGUGAUGGCGUACGACCGUUACGUGGCCAUCUCCCAGCCGCUGCACUAUACAGCCGCCAUGAACACCCAGGUGUGUGUGGGGCUGAUCGUGGCCGCUUGGGUGGGGGGUUUUCUGCACUCGAUCAUCCAGCUGGCUCUGCUGCUCCCGUUGCCUUUCUGCGGCCCCAAUGUCCUGGAUAACUUCUACUGUGACAUCCCCCAGGUCCUCAGGCUCGCCUGUAUGAACACCUCCGUCCUGGAGAUCCUGAUAAUCUCCAACAGCGGGCUGCUCGUUCUCAUCUGGUUCAUCCUCCUCCUAGCAUCGUACACGGUCCUCCUGGUGAUGCUGAGGUCCCACUCCAAAGAAGGGAAGAGGAAAGCCGCCUCCACCUGCACCUCCCACCUCAUCGUGGUCUUUGUGCAUUUCAUACCAUGUAUCUACAUCUACGCCCGGCCCUUCACCCCAUUUCCCACUGACAAAGCCAUCUCCAUCUUUGACACGGUAAUCCCCCCGAUGCUGAACCCCAUGAUUUACUCCCUGAGGAACCACGAGAUGAAAUCAGCCAUGAAGAGGUUGCCCAGCAGAGUCAUGAUGUAG